AUGUCUGUACGACGAGCCACAGACAAAGCCAAGUAUAGUAUGCAGCCUGAAAUGGCUUACGAUUAUUUUACCACACAUCUACCUGGAUCCAUAGCCUUUGAAGACCCAUAUCAUCGUGGCUAUAACGGUGUAUUCGGGCCAGACAUCGAACGGGUCGUCUUAUGGCUCGGGCCCGAUAGCUCAAGCAAGGCCCUGGGUAACUCGGCUGAAGAAGAUGAAGAUCUGCCGGAGCUUCUUUCCUACGGAGAGAUCCCCGUCCAUCAACUAGCCAACGCCGAGGAUUUUCGGAACGAGUUUUUUGAGGUUAAGAAGAGCAGUCUUGGAGGCAAUGGGGCGUUCGCCACAAGGGACCUCAAACAGGGAGAGCUCAUCCACGUCGAGCGGCCUUGCCUCGAGGCGAUCCCCGAGACACUGUCCAAGAAGCUUGACCAACUAGCCCCAGAGCUGAAGGCCGCGUUUUUUCGAAUGCAUGCGCACAAGCGAUACGCCGAUCACGAUGAGCAGCAAUCCAUCUUCCAUACGAAUAGUUUCAUUGCAAAUGGAGUUUCGUGCCUCUACCUCAUCACAUCGCGCUUCAACCACGCGUGUAGCCCCCUCCAUACGGUUCAGUACCAGCUGAGGGCAAACAACGUCAUAGAGCUGCGCAUGAGAAAGGACGUCCCCGCAGGAACGGAGCUUACGAUAUCGUACGGCCCGCUUACGCCACGGAACCUUUACAUGACCUGGGGUUUCCGCUGUGGCUGCGGCGGCUGCAAGCCUCUUACGGACGAAGAGGUCGCCCAGAUCGAUAGCGCUAUCCAGGAGGAGGAGGAGGAUCCUUUUUAUUAA